AUGUUCUCCACCACCACCCUCCUCACCCUCCUCAGUCUCCUGGUAGCAAAUGUAACAGCGACGGCAUUGACAUACAAGCUGGUGCCGAACGAGAAAGAAUGUUUUUACACCCAUAUCGACCAAGCGGGACAGAAGAUAGCCUUCUACUUUGCUGUGCAAUCAGGAGGGUCUUUUGACAUCGACUACAAAGUCUUUGGCCCUGGAAAGGAGCCUGGUAAAGAGAUCGUGAUCAUGGAAGGGGAGAAGGAACGUCAAGGUGACUUUGUGUUCACGGCCAAUGAUGUUGGAGAGUAUCGGUUCUGCUUUGACAAUACUGUCUCGACUUUUACGGACAAGUUGGUGGAUUUUGAGAUUACUGUGGAAAACGAACCCCGCUCCUCCCUUCCACAGAAAGCCGGUGCUUCACCUGAACAGCUCUCCGGCGUAGAAGAGACUGUCAUCAAGCUCUCUGGUCAGGUCUCUACCCUUACCAGGCAGCAGAAGUAUUUCCGUACCCGAGAGAACAGGAACUUCAGCACGGUGAGGAGUACAGAGAGGAGGAUCUUCAAUUUCAGCUUGUUGGAGAGUGGAUUGAUGGUUGCGAUGGCGGGUCUGCAGGUCUUUGUUGUGAGGCAGUUCUUCACUGGAGGGCGGAAAGGAUAUGUGUAG